GGCGCCAUUUGCCUUAGCCUUUCGCUUCUGGCUGGCUUUUAGGUUCCGAGAGCUGGCCUGCGUGGCUACUAGGGCAUUUCGUGGGGACUGAGCAGGAAAGGGGGAUGGGACUUCCUUUCGUGCCUUGGACCGGGCCGUGAUUCCCUAAACGGCCGUGUGCACUGGUCGCCCGCCGGGCCAUGGCCUGUCCGGGCCCUCAGCACCCGCCCUUCGUCCCCGCAGUUCCCGAGGGCGGCGCCAGGUCUGGUGCGCCUUUCUCUCGGAGAGCGGCUGUCAGCCGAGGUCGCCCGGCCAAGGCGGGGCGGAGGCGAGGAGCAGCAGGCCGCCCGGUGCUCGCCUCUCCCAGCGUGGCUGGAACGCAGGGCCCCAUCAUGGCGGCGGCGCCGACCCACAAGACACAGGUGUCUGUGACUUUCGAUGAUGUGGCCGUGACUUUUACCCAGGAGGAGUGGAGGCAGCUGGACCCGGCUCAGAGGACCCUGUACCAGGAGGUGAUGCUGGAAAACUGCAGGCUCUUGGUGUCUCUGGGGUGUCCUGUUCCCAGAUUUGAGCUGAUCUUCCAGCUGGAGCAGGGGCAGAAGCUGUGGACUGUGAAGAAAGACCUCUCCCGAAGCACCUGUCCAGGCAAAAGAUGCAGAGUAGAAGAGGGGCUGGAGGUGUUCCAGACACGAAGCUUCCGUGUCUUCGGCGUCUCGUUACCUCCUGGAAUCGAUAUCUGGCAGUAUGUGCACGGAGUGUUGCCAACCCAGGAAACUCACCAGAGCCUCGUUGACAAAGGAAAACCCAAGACCACAGAACCUACCACUUGUGAGCCAACCCUAUUUGAGGGAGCCUCUAUCCAGGAACUAAUACAAGGAGGCCCAGGGGACUCCCAGUUUGGACAAACCAAGGAUCAGGAUGGGCUGUUGGAAAUGCAGGAAGGACACUUGGGACCAGGGAUGGACCCCCAGAGGGAGAAGCUUCCUGAGAAAAUGAGUCCUGAACAUGGCAGCUUAGGGACAGCUGGUGGUGUGUGUUCAAGGAUUGUAGAGGAGCUGGUCCCUGCAGGAGGUGCUGUCCAUGACCAUGACUUAUGUGGAUCUGGUAAUGAUCACAUGAUUCAGGAAGAGGAAAGUGUCUUUAAAUGCAGCGAAUGUGGGAAAGUUUUUAACAAGAAACACCUUCUUGCUGGACAUGAAAAGAUUCACUCUGGUGUGAAGCCCUAUGAAUGCACAGAGUGUGGGAAAACCUUUAUUAAGAGCACACACCUCCUCCAGCACCACAUGAUCCACACCGGGGAGAGGCCCUAUGAGUGCACAGAGUGCGGGAAGGCCUUCAACCGCAGGUCCUACCUUACACAACACCAGCGGAUUCACACUGGAGAGAAGCCUUACAAGUGCAAUGAAUGUGGAAAGGCCUUCACCCACCGCUCCAACUUUGUCUUACAUAAGAGGAGACACACCGGGGAAAAACCCUUUGUGUGCAAAGAAUGUGGGCAAGUCUUCCGACAUAGGCCAGGAUUCCUUCGACAUCACAUCAUCCACAGUGGUGAGAAUCCGUAUGAGUGCUUUGAAUGUGGCAAGGUUUUUAAACACAAGUCAUACCUCAUGUGGCACCAGCAGACUCACACUGGGGAGAAGCCCUACGAGUGCAGUGAAUGCGGUAAAGCCUUCUGUGAGAGCGCAGCCCUCAUUCACCACUAUGUCAUCCACACUGGGGAGAAGCCCUUUGAAUGCCUCGAGUGUGGGAAGGCCUUCAACCACAGAUCAUACCUCAAGAGGCACCAGCGGAUUCACACUGGGGAGAAGCCUUUUGUGUGCACUGAAUGUGGAAGGGCCUUCACCCACUGCUCCACUUUUAUCUUGCAUAAACGGGCCCACACUGGAGAGAAACCUUUUGAGUGCAAAGAAUGUGGGAAAGCCUUUAGCACUAGGAAAGACCUCAUUCGGCACUUCAGCAUCCACACUGGGGAGAAGCCCUUUGAGUGCACGGAGUGUGGGAAGGCCUUCAACCGCAGGUCAGGCCUCACCAGGCACCAGCGGAUUCACAGUGGAGAGAAGCCCUAUGAAUGCAUGGAGUGUGGGAAGUCCUUUUGCUGGAGCACAAACCUCAUUCGACAUGCCAUCAUCCACACCGGAGAGAAGCCUUAUAAGUGCAGUGAAUGUGGAAAGGCCUUCAGUCGUAGCUCAUCCCUCACUCAGCAUCAAAGGAUUCAUACUGGGAGAAACCCUGAAAGUAUUUUUAAAUGCAACGAAUGUGGGAAAAUUUUUAAUAAGAAACGCCUCCUUGCUCGACAUGAGAGGAUUCACUCUGGAGUGAAGCCCUAUGAAUGCACAGAGUGUGGGAAAACCUUUAGUAAGAGCACUUAUCUUCUUCAACACCACAUGGUCCACACCGGGGAGAAGCCCUAUAAGUGCAUGGAGUGUGGCAAGGCCUUCAACCGCAAGUCACACCUUACACAACACCAGCGGAUUCACAGUGGAGAAAAGCCUUAUAAAUGCAAUGAAUGUGGAAAGGCCUUCACCCACCGCUCCACUUUUGUUUUGCAUAACAGGAGCCACACUGGAGAAAAACCCUUUGUGUGCAAAGAAUGUGGAAAAGCCUUCCGAGAUAGGCCAGGUUUCAUUCGACACUACAUUAUCCACAGUGGUGAGAAUCCGUAUGAGUGCUUUGAAUGUGGCAAGGUCUUUAAACACAGGUCAUACCUCAUGUGGCACCAGCAGAUUCACACUGGGGAGAAGCCCUACGAAUGCAGUGAAUGUGGGAAAGCCUUCUGUGAGAGUGCAGCCCUCAUUCACCACUAUGUCAUCCACACUGGGGAGAAGCCCUUUGAGUGCCUCGAGUGUGGGAAGGCCUUCAACCACAGGUCAUACCUCAAGAGGCACCAGCGGAUUCACACUGGGGAGAAGCCCUAUGUGUGCACUGAAUGUGGAAAGGCCUUCACCCACUGCUCCACUUUUAUCUUGCAUAAACGGGCCCACACUGGAGAGAAACCUUUUGAGUGCAAAGAAUGUGGGAAAGCCUUUAGCAAUCGGGCAGACCUCAUUCGGCACUUCAGCAUCCACACUGGAGAGAAGCCCUACGAGUGCAUGGAGUGUGGGAAGGCCUUUAACCGCAGGUCAGGCCUCACCAGGCACCAGCGGAUUCACAGUGGAGAGAAGCCCUAUGAAUGCCUCGAGUGUGGGAAAACCUUCUGCUGGAGCACAAACCUCAUUCGACACUCCAUCAUCCACACUGGAGAGAAGCCCUAUGAGUGCAGUGAGUGUGGAAAGGCCUUCAGUCGCAGCUCAUCCCUCACUCAGCAUCAGAGGGUUCAUACUGGGAGAAACCCUGUCAGCGUGACAGAUGUGGGAAGAACCUUCACAAGUGGGCAAUCCUCAGUCAAUCUUCAAGAACUCCUAUUGGGGAAAGACUUUUUGCAUGUAACCACUGAGGAAAAUCUUUUGCCAGAGGUAGCAUCUUACUCAGAAUCUGAUCAUUCAUACCAAAGAGAAACCCCACAAUUUUCUUCCCUGUGAAAAUACCUAUUGCAGGAUAUCAGUUGUCAUCUAAAGAGUCAUAUUGGAAAUUGACCCAACCUAGAGCCUUACUCUACAUCUGAGAAUUCAUCAAAGAGAGAGACCCAGUGGUUAUUAUGCACUUAGGAAAACCUUCAGCUACAUCUUUCUUCUUAGUUUACACUUCAGUGUUAUCUCAGGAAUUUUUUUAAAAAAGAAGGGAGAGACUUAAAAUAGAAAAUGAACUAAAAAUGUUUCUUUCAGACUUCCUUGCCAAGCUAUGGCACUUUGUCAUUGAUUCCUUAGUUAAUUGGCAGGAGGAUAGUUUUGUUUCCAUGGUAAGAACCUAGACUCUAUGUGUCUUGUAUAUACAUUCAUUGCUAUCCAGUUUAAAGAGAGUUAGGUCUGAAAACUUUCAUUGAACAUCUCCUUUGUUCUAAAACAUUGUCUCUAUUCUUAAGGACCUUAAUUUUUUGGUUUGAGCCAUCAAAUGCCUUUAUAUUUAAGGAGAUAAGAAUACACAUAUGAAUGGGCACGUUCUGUUGAACCAUUUUAGACUAUUUAGGCUUUGAUUCUUUAAAAACAAACCUUUUCAUGUGGUUUUAAAGACCUAAUACUCAGACUUUUUCUUGGUCCUGUACUAUUAUUGGUUUACUAAUUGCUCUAGUUAUGUGGUAAAUCUUUUAAUCGGGUAAAGUGAGUCCUCUGUCUUCAGUCUUCUUAUUUAAAACUGAUUAACAUUCCUCGUUACUUUGAAUUUCCAUGUAAAAUUUUGGAUAAGCUUGUCUGUUUUUACCAGAAAAAAAAGCUGUAUUGAAUUUUGAUAGAAAUUAAGUUAAAUUGGCAGAUUUAUUUGUUGAGAGUUGGCAUCUUUGCUGUUUUGAGUCUUCCAAUUCAUGAAAACAUUAUGUCUGUACAUUUAUUUGAUAUGGCUUGAUUUACUUCAUUACUAUUUUAUAAGUUUCAGUAAUAGGUCAUGUACAAUGUUUUUAAGAUUUAUAUACAGGUGUUUUUGUUUUUUGAGUAAUUAUAAAUGGCAUUGAUUUUUAAACUUUGAAUUUCCACACAGUCUUU